AUGGGGAAUUUGCCUGAAUUGGAAUUGGUAGGCCUGGUUCAAGAGUCAAAAUCAAAGUACAUCAACAGUCCGAUUGACAUUCAACAACAAUCAACCCGACCCAUGGCUUCUGUAACGCCAGUCGCUUCCAAAAGGCUACCCUACAAUGGCCCGACUUAUGUUCAUGCUCAUCCGCAACUGGGCAACCUGACAGGGCGUUCAAUCAGUUCAAGCCAUUUUGGAAGAUCGUCCACACCCUCUACAACAGUGCAGUUCCGCUCCAUCCCGUACGCUACAAUUCCAAAGCGGUUCGCUGCCUGCAGGACAUUGACCGAAAUACCGUCCGACUUCGAUGGACGACCACACCGUGACUUCACCCAGUUUGGUGCAGCGAAUCCUCAGCUUGCGGGAAUGAGGUCUACCUGGUUCGACUCAUACGGCGGUCCUUUGCAAGAUGACUUUGACAUCGACUUUGACGAGUUUACUUGUCUCACGACGACGAUUUCGGUGCCCCAACAACACCUGAUAGACCUGGUCGAGGGUAACACCCAAGUCCGCCUGCCGGUGAUGGUAUACAUCCAUGGCGGUGGAGCGCAAGAGGGUGUAGGGGCGGUGGAUGGACUUCAUUCAAACGCUCCACUGGCUACAUAUGCUUCGUCGAUAUCGAUGCCCGUAAUCACUGUCAAUAUUGGCUACAGACUCGGCUGGUUUGGGAGCAUGGUCUGUCGCGACGUGCUGGAGGAGUACAGUUCCGACCCGAAUCCCAGUCCACAUGGGCCUUUCAACCAUUGCAUCCAAGACCAGCGUGCUGCGUUCUCGUGGAUCCACCAAUUCAUUGGCGGCUUCGGUGGAGAUGAAUCCAAUGUCACGGCGUUCGGCGAGUCAGCAGGAGGUAUCUUCCUGGUUUACCACAUCGCAGGAUCUAACGAGAAGUUGUUCAAUCGUGCCAUCAUCCAGUCAGGAACUGUGUUAGGUCAUGCACCCUUCGAGCUGAAGGAAUUAGAAUAUCAGGGUCUGUUGAAGACGUUCAACGUCACUGGGUCAACGCCGCAAGAAAGACUGGAGCAGAUCAGGCAAAUCCCCGCGGAUCAGUUGAUAAAGUACCCUGGUGCCCAUAUCUUUCCUUUCGUCGAUGACAUCCCCGAUUUACACGUACGCCAACCUCUGUUCGCACGUGGACCAGUGACAUACACAAGCCAAACGGCAUUGAUCCAGUCGUGCGAAUGGCUGGAAGAGCUUGUCAUCGGUGACGAUUUCUGGGAAGGGCACCUCAUGACGGAUUACGUCCGCUCUGCCACCGCUCCGGCGUUUGUAGCGGUGUUGCUGUCGACAUUCCCUGAACCGCAGGCCGCGAAACUUCUCGAGGCCUAUGACAUGCCGAGCACGGUUGAUGCGGCCGAGACUGCCGACCAGAACCUGUUCUUGCGCAAUCUGACCCUUCUCGUCGGCGACAUGAUGUUUUCAGGCAUGAUCCAACGGCUCACGACUACGCUGGCGCGUGACAAGUCGCGGAAGGUGUACCGCUACGCUUUCGGCCUGUCGAACCCGUUCGUGGGAUCGAACCACAGUUUCGUGACCGGUCACCACUAUGUGGAGAUCUUGUUCAUUUUCCUCACGCUGUUGGAUCGGUAUCCCAGGCAUCGCGACAACUGGCUGGCGAAGCAAGCAUGCGAGACGGCGAAGCGCUGGAUCACGUUUGCACAUGGCCAGGCACCGUGGGACGAGUAUACGCUUGAAGCCGGGCAGGACGAGAUGCAAGGGAAGAUUGCAAUCUGCGAUGACUUCAAGGGGUGGCAUGUCAAGACGCUCGAGGAAGAUGAGGAGGAGGGUAAAACGUACCCGGCAGGACCCAGGAGGUAUGCGGCGUGGCAAUGUUACAACGAGGCACUAGAGGCAUUGCUGGGACCGGACAUGAGCGAAGAGGAGUGUCGGAGGAAGAUGGACAGUGCCAGCUUGAACGUCCUCAUGUAUCUGUUGUCGUUGACGAGGAAGGACGAGACGAAUAUUGAGGGAGGUGAGAGAUUGACGAGUGCGCUGGCGGAGGAGCCGUGA